AUGGCCACAAGGAACCCAAACGAUCAAUCACGGUUGUUAGAUUGUGAAGACGAAGAAGACAGAAUUCGAAGAAUCAGCCGAUUACUAUCUACCAUUGACUCAACAUCCAACGCACAUCAAACUCCCAGACCUCUAGAACAACUCAUGCUGCCAUCUUCGUCUGCUCUGGAGACUACGCAGACGUCUGAAUUCCAGGCGUUCCUUCCUCAGAUAAUGGCUGCGAAUGAAGACCUGUUUCGUCGUGCACGUGAAACUGAUUCAUCGGUGGACAUUGAGCACUUUGAUGGUACAGAAGGCGCAUACAUAGAAAUGGUAAAUUACAACCAUUGCACCGAGAGAAAAAAGAGGUACAAGGCACUCAGCAUUUUGCAGAAUCUGGGACUGGGUCUCUUUGAACAAAGAACCGAGCGGUCCGCCGAGGAUAAGUCCUCUUCCUCGACGGAUAGUUCCACAACAACCUCGGAUACAGACAGCACCAGCGAUCCUGAUGAAGAAGACGACACCCAUAGCAGUGGCAGCGACGAUGAAGAAGCAGAAUCCCCAGAUUUGAUCGCACUGACUAGAGUACCGAGCAUUGAUACCAAACCCGGCAGUAGCCGUAGACCUCCCAAAGUCCAAACGGGUGAAGAAACUGGCCUAUCUCCAACAAAACCCUUGUUGGAACCGCAACAGCCACGUUCAAGGGAUCCCUCUCCCACAAAAGCCAGUCAUGCGGCAUCUUCCGUAUAUUCUUUUCCUACUCGACCUGAUUUUACUCGGACCGUAACUACCCCCACAGAAGUACCUGAGGAGUCGGAUGCCCCGCCGCGACUGAGCUUUAGCUCCUCAGUGGGGAAGGACGUCAGGGGACUUUCACCAGGCAACUUACUGCAACCGCCAUCAGCACGUUCUCAAAGGCACCCCUCAACUGUGAACCUGACCGAGGAAGGACUGGAGGGAUCGGACCGACUCUUCGACCCAUUCUCAGCGGUAGACUAUACCGCGGCAAAGCACAGGAGCAGUGGAGAUAUGGAGGACCCAUCGCAGCAAAAGAUGUGGGAGUACCUGGCUCGGAUCAGGAGCCUACAAGCCGAUGUAGCAGCUAUGCACUUGGCUAUGGAUGGCCAUGGUCUCGGUGACCCCUGGGGAACUACCCGCGCCGGCGGCGGACGCUCCCGGAGCGGGAGCAUGAACCAGACGAAAGAGUCUACGAAGGCGCUCUUUGUUGAGACUCCAUCGAUAGCAAAGAUGCCAAUGACCCCUGACGCACCAUUGAUGCGGCCCAUUGGGGACGACAGCGAUGAUGAAAAAGAGGGCAACAAAAAGGGCAACAAGGGCACAGAGGAGUUUUCUGAUUUGAAUAAAAUGUUUGAAAAGAAGCAAGAGGCGCUGAAAUCAGUGAUGGAAAAGCUCCGAGAGCUUUCUUCAGUUGUAAGAGCUUAUCAUGAGCUCGAGAACCCUGUCUUCCCACCGCACCGCCAACAGACGUUCGAGUCCAAGCUAUCAUCGGACCGGGUGGUAGAAACGCCACCACCCACGAAUAUCCUCUCGAGCCCAUUACAUGAAACACCAAAGAGCAUGCCCAAGCUCUCCCUAACACCCAUCAUCACUUCCUCUCCUACUUCGUCCGUGCCUCCUUCUCCACUGCCCCCGAAGCUCCAGACCCGAGAGCUUUCUCCUCCCAAGCGCGCGAAGGCAGAGAACAGGAGGAUUUCUCUUGAUAUGGGUGUCGGAGGUGGUCGACAUGGCUAUGUCCCCGUAUCCCCCGGUAGCUCUGGUCCACCUCUCCUUCCAUCGCCGCCAACCCCAAAGCGAUAA